AGCAAAAGUGUAUUAUCUUAUGGAAGCUGUGUUUUUUCUUUUUAUAUGCAAAUUAUUCUUGUUGUAUUCACGUGUACGAGUUACCUAUGUAAAAGCAGAUUUAGACGUAAUCCUCCUGCCCAAACUCCAAAACCUAUUUCUAUGUAACGCUACGGAUUGUAACAUCCGAGAUAGAUGGAAACCAACGUGUACUCUGAUGUAUUGUCUGUAAUCCGCGGGAAGGAAAGAUCAGUGUUUAGUUGAGUGUUUAUAUGUUGUAGGCAGUUAUUUAAGCGGGUUUCAUAAGGACGACGCUCUGCCUGCUGUCUUAUAUUGUAUUCCUUUUUGAGAUGUGAAAGUAGGUUAUGGAUUCUUAACCAUACUGGCCUUUUGGGCAUUCUCUGGACUCUCCUGUGUUUUCUUGAAUGGAAAUUUGGAUAUCAAAUAAAGUUACUCCACAUUACAUGAAAUGGCCAAGGCGAUUAUUAGUCUCACCAUUUUAUCCUCCUUCCUCUGGGGCUGUGCUGUAAUGAAGUGUUUUUUUUUUUUUUUUUGGCCUAUAUACGAGCAAAUACGAGAGCGUGGGAUUGCAUCAAUCAAAACAGAAAAAGAAGAUCGACUGAGGGGAGUAUCAAAACAGCGCUACCAGUUUUGAUAAUAAGUUGUGGGAGAGGUGCCUUUAUUGUCGAGUAUUUUCAGAUAACAUCCGGGUUAAUUGUGAUUAUCUACCAUUUAGUCUUUUGAAACUUGAACAGUAGAGGGUAAGAUUUCCAUGAAAGCAAUACUCUAGUAGAUGGAAGAAGAUUAGAAACAUUUAUUAGCUUCUCAGUCUUCAACCAAAACUGAAAAAAGUGGCCGUCCUCGAACAAGAUAGACGAGAACCAGCGAAAGGAAGAAGAAUAAUAUGCCGCUGGGAAAGUAUUAUUGCGACUACUGUGGGAAGCAGUUCCAAGAUACCCCUUCUGCUCGAAAACGCCACCUGCAGGGCCUCCAACACCUCCGUGCCAAAGCUCAAUGGUUCCACUCCCUCAACGCCACCAAUGAUCCCAAUCACAGUUUUACUGAACCCUUUGCAAAAGGACUCUGCAAUCGCUUCCUCAAAACGGGAUUUUGCCAGUACGGCGAUAACUGCAAAUAUUUCCAUCCAAAGAAAGAUUCGCCAACCACAAACCCUCAAGCUGCACCCGAACCAGCACCAGGUGGUGUGGAGGGAGCCGGUAUGGGAAUGACGUGGGGCAAUCUGCCGCCAUCCUUGAAGCCUCCUCCUGAGGGUGGAUAUCCGCCACUUCCCUUUGUGGAUUGGGGAUAA